AUGAUUAUCACUGAGCAGAGUCUUCACUCUUCAGUGCGGGUGCUCUUCUUUGUGCUUCAGAAGCUGCUACCUAACCAGAUCGAAGCUUAUGAGUAUGAUGAAAUUUUUGGUGAGACAUCUGGCAAGUGGGAUUGUGCAAUUGGAGUAUUCCCAAGAAACCUUGUUGACGGCAGCGACAUUAACGGCAACGAUAUUAAAGGCAACGAUGAUGUUGACGGAAAUGGUGUUGACGGAAACGGGGUUAACGGAAACCGGGUUAACGGAAACGGGGUUAACGGUACCAGUGUUGGUGGCAAUGGUUCUGACGGUAAGGGAGGCAGAACUACAGGUGAGGAGCGCAAUAAGGUAGUGGCGAGUGAUGCGGUCGCUGAGGAGGGCGCGGAAAACGAUGCCGAUCAAGAUGGAACCGUGACUUUGAUUUUUGAUGCGCUGCAUGCGGCGCACGAAGUGUGGGUACGCAGUGGCGGUCGUGUAACCAACGCGAUGGUCGAAUGGCCUGGAGGAAUUUGCUCGGGUCCGGUCUGGCUUUCGCUUUUACUAGAGAGGAAGCGAUGGUCAAUAACAGAUGAUUUAGGUGAGGAUGUAGGUCGAUUUGUCUUGGCCAUGCAUCUUGUAACUCAGUGGAGAAAAACAGGCUUGUUUGAGUUCCUCGAUCCCAAGCGGAACGCACAAGUUCGGUGCACGGAGUUGGAGGGCCUAAGGAAUAUUGAGGAGCUGCGUGCUUUUAAUCUUAGUUUCGAGGAGGUCGCUUUAUUCUCUUGUUUGGCAUCGUCCCGUUUGUUUCAUGAGUGGGCUAUAAAUAGCAAUAAGUGCCAUGUGCUGAUGAAGAGGUGGUUUGAUGCUUUAUUCCGUAUCAUAUGGGAUACAGACAGUCGUUGGGAAGAUGAAUAUUUCGGGUUAGAACUGAAGUCAAUAAAUAAUGAGCGCGAGAGAAAGAAGGAGAGGAAGCGGCUGUUGCGAGACGUCCGAACGAAGGACAUCAGACCGAGUCGUCAGACGAGAGCAAGUCCCGAGACGGGCCAGGGCGAUGAAAAGGUGCGUGAUGUGCUUAAGGAUCGGGCGUUCCAGACUUGGCUCGACGUGCCUGCUCUCCCCCGUUUGCCUCCAGCAGCAUUCGAGAGGUUCUUCUCCGCGCUAAAUGCUUGCAAUUUCUGGCGUUAUAGACCUGUGCAAAUCACCAGAAUGGAUGGUUUCCAAGAACUCAGAAAAAUUUCCUUGCGGACCGCGACCUCCAACGCCGUCGUCCCUAGUGCCAUGCCUCCUAGUGCCGUUGAGGAGGUCGGCAGUGUAGUAUCACAAGCACGUCAUUUGAAGGGUCUGGUGCCGGAGAAUUUGUAUGAUUUGCGUUUUAGUUGUCGCGACUUCAGUAAACAAUAUGCCAGACUGAAACUUAAGGCGAUUCUGGAGACUGACGAUAUGAGUAUUUUCUCCAACCCGUUCACGGCCACGCUGUAUUGGUCGUUGUGUGAGAGGCACUUCGCUUUGUCGUGGUCUUUGUUGAAAAUAAUGAAGACACUUGAUUCCGAGCGAACAUGGCGGUCUGUAGCGAGUGAGUACUUGCUGCCCAUUGCCAAGUACACGAUGCCCGAGUCAGUUCCGUUGGAUAUGACGGUGGAGGAGUUUUUCCAGAUGUAUCGGUGGUCACGGACACAUGCUCUAGAGAAGCCGUGGUCGGAGUCGACACAGGAUUUGGGUGUGUACCGGAACCCGAAGAUCAGUAACAACUACAGCAAGCUUAUCCACUUAGCCGCCAGCUGCUGUAGGGUGACCAACAAGCAUCGCAACCAAGCAGGGCUUGCGGAUUUCGGCAGCUACGGGCACGACUAUGAAGGACUCUGGGAACCAGCAGCGAAGUACGCAGCAGCGGAGAAGCCCGCCGCCGUGGAGGUAACAGCCAAGGAGGUAGCUGGGAACCUCGCCGGCCGGGAAUUGAUGAGUACUGUUAGGUCGUUGAUCAGUUGUGAGGUCGGGCGGUACGAUAGAGACGGCUCAGAAUCCUGUUCCGCCCACAUUUGCGAGGCCAGUCGCCUGAUUGCGGCACUGUGUCAGGACUGGGGUGUGGACGUCUAUGCUUUGGACUUUGAAGGCAUGACGCCGCUCUUCUACUGCGUCGUCUCUGGCUGUUUGAAGUGUUGUGCCUACCUGCAGGAAUUGGGACUGCCUCUGGACAGCCGGGACAUUUUGGGGCGGUCAUUGAUCUACUGUGCGUCCUGUGUAGGGCAAGCCGGCGGUUUGAAAUGGCUGAUCGAAGAAUCGAUAAAGGGCAACAUGGAACUGACAGGCGAAAGGAAUGAGUCCACCAAAGAGAAAGAGACUGAGUUGGUGGCGGGGACGGCGCUGUUGGCUGAGGAUAAAAGUGCGAUGGAUCGCACACCGUUGUGUAAGGCGACAUGGGGUGAUUACCCGGAGGUGGUGAGUAUUUUGUUAGAGUAUGGUUGCAGUCCAUGCACUCAGGACUCCAAGUUGCGUACGCCUUUGCAUACGGCGCUGUGGGGACCGGCGGGAGGUCGGAGUGGUGUGAAGAUCGUGGGCAACGUGGAUGCUUGUGAAUCUAUCCGUUGCGCUCGAUUGCUGUUAGAACAUCAUGAGGGAGACCGGGCCAUGAAUACAUUCGAUAUUGACGGUAACGCUCCGAUCCAUAUCGUGGCCUCGACCAACGCCGUGCAAGGUCUGUUGCUGCUGAUUGAGUACGGGUGCGACCUUAACCUCCGGUCCAAGACGCAACUCGAGUGGAACGCCGUCAUGUGUGCCGCCUAUCGCGGUCACCACCAGGUCGUCAAACUACUUAUCGAGAAGGGAGCUGAUCUUGAAGCUACCGACGCCUUCGGCCGUACGGCGUUGGAAUACGCCAUACGCGGUGGCAGUGCUCAUUGUCUCGCACUCCUCCUCGACCACAUGGACCUCGCUCCGUCACUCGUCAACUUUCUCAUACACACUGCAGCCAUCAACUCACAGUGCUCCUGUCUUGUCCUACUGCUCAAGAAGCACGCAGACCUGCUCGCCGCACACAAAUGCCAACACGCUGCUGAAAUCGCACCCGCAGACAGAUACCUGCUCCUGCCCAUCAACGAGGUUCCUGAUAAGGAGGGGGGCAAAGACAAUAGCGCUGAAACUCGUUCUAUGCAAGCGCACUACGUUACACCCAUUCACUCCGUCCUACUAGGUCAAAAGGCCCUACCUAUCUCGCUGCUCUACUUCCGGUCCUCGCCGUUUCCACCUUUCCCCAGCAGCGAUGACCAGACGCCCGAACAACCGGAACCUCCUUCCCGAGUCAUUGGAUCUAUCGGCUACCUAACGAGGGUUUCUGUCGAGGCCUAUUCCAGCGCAAACUGUGAUGAGGUGAAGGGUGAUAACUGUGAUGAAGCAAACUGUGGUUCUACGGAGGGUAUGAUAAGAAUGACAGGAACGAAAACGGCUGUCUUGCAACUGAAAAAGGAGCGAUUUGUUGAUAACCAGUUCCCGCGUCUUAACCUAUCAGCUGCUAUGAUAUCUUGCGUAUCACUCCUCCAGUGGUAUGUGCGACCGUUGUAUGAAAAUAUUAGCGAGCAUUGCAUCGUCGAUUGGCGUAGUCUUAUAGAAUUCGUUGUAAGCGCAGUUUGUUCGAAUAUAGUUUGGACAGCCAGACACACAAAGAGUCUCCUCAACGGACUCCAUCAUGACACAAAGUCGAACUUGACGAUUUUGGAUCGGUUGAAGACGUUCCAGGACUUCACAGUGCUGACCGAGUUGAGUCAGACAUCGCGGGAAGAUGAGGUCAAUAGAGCUUGUCCGUUUUGUCGAGGAAAUGUGGGGAAACAAGUUCUCCGUCUGAAGGGGCAUGAUGAUUUUGCUCAGCUUUACUUACAUGUCACCAGUUGGAAUAGUCACGUGCCUCACUCAGCAGGUGAGGAGCAUGAGGUUCUGAGCGGCGAGAUGGAAAGUCCUGACACGGAUGUGGGCUUGGAGUCCCACAGGAUUGAGAUAGAGUCACUCCCGGAUGAAUCGACCACAGGUCGACCAAUCAGCAACGAUCUCCUGUACCCUAAACGAAGAUUAGUUGAUGAGGAGGCUGCUACAAUAGACCGCUCGUACACCGAGAUAGUUAUGGAAUCCGGCAUGGACUACGGUGUUAACAGUUGGAUGCUGCUGCGGAUUAUCUGUGACUCGCCUUUGUUUUCAUUCGAAAUCAGCAAGGUUAAAAAGAAUCUUUACGUAUCCACAAAGCUCGUUGAUUUGUUCCUGUAUCAGACACUGCAAUUUGUAUACCAUCUGGACGCCACCGGCCGCAAGUCCAUCCUUCAGACCAUGCUGCAAGGACUAGAGAGAAUGAACAAGGCCGAAGCGCUUGCCUUCAAAGUGCUCCCCAACACGGCCUCCGAGGGGUAUCCGUUGGUCUACCGACUCCUAGAUCAAAAGGCGAAGCUACUGAGUGAAGCAAAAGUGAGUUCGCCUUCGGCAUCGUCGUCGGCUUCGCCACUUGCACGUUCGGUUGGGCGGUAUUCGGAUAGCACACGUGUGUGCGCGCGCUUUCCUAGCUUCCCAAGCAUGCUACCGUUUGUGGAGGAGGGAAAACCCCUCGAAAUCCAUAACUAUCAAACAUUUAACAUAUUCACUAGACUCGACGACAAGCGAGAUGUUGAGGUAGCAACUCGGCUGUUCCUUAACGCGGUUGACAAGGGAGAUAUCGAGCUCGUAAGACUCAUGAAAUCGUACAUUGUUGAUCGCGAGAAUGAAGGUAAGGAGGACCAGCAGCAGUGGCAGGAGUUGAUUAAAACCGGCGCUGUGAUUGCUAGCUCGAAGGAUUUCGUUGACAUCGCUAGUAUCCUGGACAGCACUACAAAAGUGUACCUGCCAAAUGUUUACUGGCGUCAUAAAUUGGAGACCGACGGGCUCCGGCCGGCUGCUGGUUCCGUUAGCGGCUCCACGACUCUGAGCGUCACGAACGCGAGCGGGUCUAGCUACCCGACUGAUCGUGCGCCAUUGUUGCUUGAUGACCCGGGUAAAGCUACUCUAGGUUCAGCGACCGUGGACUUGACGAUGUACGAUAGGUGUGAAGAGUUGAAUUGGAGUGUCCUGAGUCAGAGACUUUUGGAGAUGGAUGCAAACUGUAACACUUUUUACCAGGAUAUCCUAGCGGACAAGACCAGGUACAUUCAGCAGCUGGUUGAGGAAUGGGAAGUCCGUAACGAUAUCGAAGAGCUGAACAAGCUGACGCCCUGGAGUAAAAUACAGUUAGUGGACACAACUGAAGCCUUCGAGCUGGCCGUCGACGUCCUUACUCCGAAAGCUCCUGCGUUCGGUGCUCCGCCAUCAAGGCUCAAUUACAUAGGAGUGGAUUUGGAGUUCCACGAUGACUUCACCAGUUCCAUACAGAUGUGCAACGACGAGGGGUGCUACGUGUUCGAUGUCUUGAAGUUGCACGGCCAGAUGCAGGCUAGCGAACGGUUUAAGUCUCUUUUUGAGGACGGCCGAAUUGUGAAGGUUCUAUUUGCGUCAUCCAAUGAUCUACUACGGCUUCUCUGCGACUUUGACAUCAUCGUGGCCAACCUGUGGGAUACCCACCGCGUCGCCCGGUUCUCGGCGCAACAAGCUAAAAAGGCUUUGCAAUCCAGCACGGAAAGGUGCGCGCCGAAUCAGGAUGCGCCAGACCAGGAAACAUGUGCGCCAGACGACGAAACGGCGGGCCAAGACCUGCAAACGUGUGUGCUAGAGAAGCAAACGUGUGUGCAAGGUCAGGAUGCAUGUAUCCCUGUACAAACGCCGCCGUUGAGCAGCCAUGCGUUGGAGUAUGUGCAGCGUUACGAGGAACGGGUGCGGUGUCUGGUGGAGGCGGACGUGGGGGCUGCGGGAUUGUCGAAGUUGGUACAAUGGUUCGAACCGGGGGUGGCGAUUUCCAAGAUCUACCAACGGAGAGACUGGCGAAUCAGGCCGUUACCGGCGGUGAUGGUAUCUUACGCCGGCAAGGAUGCCUUCGCGGCACGACUGGUAUUCCGGCGACAGCUCCUGGACAUCCUUUUGUUCAACGAACGCCACAGUCAUAAGCUUUGGGAACUCGGCGUCAACAUGAUGAUGCGCGCCCUGGAAGUGGUUCGGUCCCGCUGCAUGCCACGGCGACUGAACUACGUACUCAUCUGCCAGUGGCCGACCGAAGAGGUCGAUGCUGGGUGA